CAAUCAGCGCUGUCAAUGCAAGUCGUUGACCGUGGAGAUGUAUGUGUUGUGUGGUAGCUGCUGCUACGAGCAAGGCUAGACAGGCAGUAUGGCGGAGGAGGGCAGUGUGUACGAGUUAGAGGGGCUCGAAAAACAAUUAGAGAGUUUGUUGAGCCGCUAUUCAAGUGAUGAUUUGCGAGCCGAUAGUAAGCCGUUCUGCUCCGACUUUUGCAAGCUGGUGGAGGAAUAUGCCUCUGGCUGGCAGGUGCCGCUGCCUCAGCUCAGGAUCCUUGAGAUAGCUCUCGGCUACUUCGCUCGGGCCUCCAUCUUCUUCGCAUCAAACUGUGAUCAUGUACUCCACACACUCAGUAGUCUGGCUUUGAGUGUUUUUGAGUUGCUGCUAUUCUUUGACCAGAAGGACUUCCACCAGGAACCACUGAAACACUUCACUGUUACAUUCCAGGAAUAUCACUCGGCCCUUGCGAAGCAUCAGAAUGUUCACUUACUUCAGGUGGAGCGUUUGGUUCGGGGCAGCGGGCCUUGGGCCGGCCCAGCCUUACAGGCAAUCCUCAGUGAGUCCAGUUUACCUCAGAGUGAAGUGGAUGGGUGCAUCAGUUCUGAGCUGCCGGUGUUCUUUGAGCUCCGGGUGCGCUACCUCUUAUCCUGUGAGCGGGUCAGUGAGGCUAUGGCCCUGGCUAAGUGUUGUUCUCGGCAUCCCACAGCAGGACAACACUUGUUCUUCCUCCAGGUCUACCUCAAAUGGCUCUUCAAAACGUCACAGCAUGACUGCCUCCAUAAAGAGGUGGCUGAAUUUAAUGGUAAAGAUGCAAUUCACAUCAUCUGUAGUUUGGAAUGUGACGAAAAGGAUGAGCUGCUACUCGCCUUCAGCAGAGCCUUCCUUUCCCAGCAGCUACGCAGGGGAGACAUGUACUAUCUGUGUGAUCUUGUCUUCGUGUGGAGUAAACUUCAUAAUCGGUUGAAUACAUCCAAGCAAGCUCUCCUCGAGGAGAGUCAUCAGCUGAUGCUGUCUGCCACCAAUGUCAACUCAAUCUUCCCUUUCAUCAGAGCAAUACUGCAAGAGCUGGGUGAAGAUGGUAUCCAGUUCUGCGUGGAGCUUUGUGCUAAAGCCUUGGGGUCUUGCCGUACCUGCGAUGUCAUCACAAAGUCCCUAAUCUACAAAACCAUUGCCGGCCUGCUACCCAAUGACCUGGAGGUUUCCCGGGCAUGUGCUCUUCUUGUCUUCUUCCUCGAACGCACAGUUGAGACCUACAAGAUGGUGUACCUUCUUUACAUGCAUCCUGAUCAGGAGUACCACGUGGAGUACAGCCCCAUCAGAAAUCACAUUCGCUUUGAAACCCUGCAGGUCUUGAAGAAGGACAUGGAUUUUGACCCAGAGUUUUGGAACCUCAUUGCUUUGCGGUCCAACUGUUUGAAGCUGUUGAGUGAGAAGGUGGUUAGUGGUGCUCUCGAGGAAAUCAUGGAGGACAAAUGGAUCCUGAGCUAUUGCACCAAAGAACCUGCUUCCCGAUCAAGCAAAUCAGUAUGUCAGAAAGGAAGUAAGGGGGUAGCAUAUAAAAAGCGUCACAAUAAAGAGGAUACUGACACUGCAUCCAAGAGGUUAAAGGUGGGCCCAGGCAAGACACGACUAAAUGUUGAUCACACUGUAAAAAAGAGAGGCAACCAAGGGUCGCCAGCAUCAGAACCUUUGAGGCGUUCCUUUUGGCAGCUAGACAGACUACAGAACAAUGUAGCCGCUGAGUAUGGAGAACUAAGACGCACUACACGACUGUCGGAAAAGAACCCACCAAAACGGAGGAUUAGAAAACCCAAGUGGCUUCUGGAAGACUCGGGAACUCAUGGAAAGAAUAAUGUUCUGCCGAAGCUCAAAAAGCAUGGGUUGAAACAUCAAAAGCACCAUGGAUCAUCUGUCGUUAGGAGCUCUGAAACGAGUGAGCUCAAGAACGAUGCGAAACACAAACCUUCUGUGAACUCUCAUUUAAUGGCAAGGGAAAACAACGGCAAGCACCAGAAAGGGUUUUCGUUGGGCUCUGUUAAACCCUCCGCCCCUCCACAAGUCAUUCUUGAGCUCUCCCUGCCAGACAAUGAACUCAUGGGAGCGUUUACUGAGGACACUUGCAACAGACAAAGAGGUUUCCCUCAAGUGCUUUUUUACAGACCUACAUUAAAGGUUCCUGCCACAUCACAACCUGUUAAGACUGUACACCGCAAAGAGGUGAUUCUUAGAGCGCGUGAUGCGACUAUGUUUCUACAACAGUUGCACUGUUACGCUCGGCGGCAGAGAGGAAAAGGCCAUGGGCCCAAUAUUCAAGGCUCGGUAUCAACAAUCACACGCUCCUCUGUGCAAGGAAGUCCUCCAAAAGAUUCACAGCUCUGUGACAAGCCUGACAGCGAGAUGAAAGGUGGACUUACCUCUCAGACACCGGCAGCAGAUGAAGUUGCAAAAUCCCUAGUUUUAGGAAAAGCUCAAACUGCAAAAACAGUCUCACGAAAGACAUUUGCAGGAAGAGAGCUCUGCAAAAAGUCUGCUGCUGAGAUGAAAGUUACCAAUGUGUCACAGACAUCAGCAUCAACUGAAGUUACAGAAGCACCAAUGUUGGAUAAAGUCCUACAAGCUCAAACCAUAGCUUCAGCAAGAGAGCUCUGUGAAGAGUCGGCUGUUGAGAUGAAAGUCACCAUUGCCUCAACAGCGGCUAAAGUGACUCAACCUCCAGGUUUAGAUAGGGGCUCGAAAUCUCAAACUGUAAAAGAUGCUUCCAAAACCACAACUUCAGCUGAGGUCUCGCAAACCUCCACUGUGGACAACAAUCAGAUGGUAGUUACUAAUAAAAUCUCUCCAGUCUCAAAUACAGCCAACGUUUCAAACAUUGCAGCUGCUGAUCCCACGCCCUCACCGUCUCAAGAUGUGAAACAAGAACUGUCUCCUCAGGCCAAAACUGGCAAAAUUCCUGUAGCCCAAGCAAAAGCCAACACCCAAGGAGUGGUCACCACGAUCGGCAACAGCAUUUCUGAGUUAGAUGUUGCAGAUGUUUCUCCCAAACUCUCAACAGGACAUGUGCCUUGUGAAAAUAACACAAGCGGAGGAUCAAUAGUUACUACCUAUACACCUAUAGAUCAGGACAGUAUAAAAGACAUAUCUGCUCUGACAUUAGUAACAGAAAUGGUAGCUGAACUUGCACCUGAGGCACUUGCUCGAGAUCUGGAGAAUCACAAACUGCCCGCUCCAGAGGAUGGUCCCUCCAAGGAGUCAACAGCUGAAAGUAAAUCUCACAAGGUACACACUACCUCCAGCUGCUCUCUAGUUGCUGAUAUGCAUGUGAAGGAAGAAGGAAGUGAGGAUAUUGAUCCAGAAACACUUGAGGACAGUGAACUACCGGAAACCGAGGAAUCCAAGUUGGACUACUGUUGUACCUUCUGCAGCAAGACCUUUAAGGGAAGUCGUGUUGUAGCCCAUGCUAUGUUCCAUUAUCGCAAAGAUGAGUGCAUGUUCUGUGGGACGAUGUUCAAAGAUGACCUUCUGGCCAUGAUGCACCUGUCCGACCAUAUUGAGAAGCUAAAGAAGAGUAAAGAGUCAGCGGGCAUCAAUGCACAAGAAAACUGUGUCUCUGAGACCAAAGAUAUCUCCACACCUCAGACCUCUGCCAAAGCUAAGACCACACACGUGUCUUCUGGGCGCCGUAUUAGUGAGAGAUCGAGGAAAUCUACCGACUGUCUUAAAUCAAUAAGCCUUCCAGAUUCAACCCCAUCUGGAUCCAGAGAGUUGAGAUCUAAUGACAAGCCAGUGGAUGGUCAAACUUUGUGUGGAAAGAAACAAAUGGCGGCAAAGCACCUUAGUAGUAAAACUCCUGUUCAAAAGAUAAAUGGGCAUAUUGGCAAAAAGAAAGAGCUCGACAGACCGAAAAAGGACACGAUGAACUCUGAAGCUAAGCCAGAUGCAGAGACGGAUUCCUCUGCUACAUCAGUAAAGGUAGACAAAGAGUUUGGCUUUUCCACUGAAGACAAAAUAAAAGAGACAGAAUCUCUGCAGGUUCCGAAGGAGGCCACGAAACAAAGUGGAAAUGUUAAGGAGAAAAAUAUGGAGUCACAAGAGAGACUUUGCUGCCCUGUGGAGGACUGCGUUUGGUUUACAGACCUGUCAAAGAACCGCGUUGCACUCCUUUACCACGCUCUCGAAGAUCACGAUGGCGAGGACAAACCUUUAGAGAUGGCCUUCCGUGUAGGAAACGGCAAAUGUAGUAGUUGCAUGAGGGUUAUGUGGAGUUUCGAACAUUUUCAGCACCACGUGGAAAGACACAGACUCAGUCCUCGGCAUCCUUGCCUUCACCAGGGAUGUACUGCCAGGUUCAAAACUGGAAUGGAGAUGCGACGCCACGCCCGGAGGCACAGUCCGCUGCAGGCAGUGUGCUGCCUCCCUGGUUGUUCUCAACUAUUUAUUUGUCUCUGGGCACUGAACCUCCAUGAAAGAGAGCACUAUGCUUCCAAACCCACUAAACCGGACACAAAUGAACAGACGGGGGACAAAACGGAUCAUAAGCCAAAAGAUGAAACUGCUACUGAAAAUAAGUCUGAGUGUGUAAAGGCUGCUCGUAAAUUAAGAGGAGACGCUACACAUAACUCGUCGACAGAAACGUCUGUUCAGAAAGACGAGUUGAAAGACAGAAACGAGACCAAGGAUUCACACGUCUUGAAGAAUCUUUCCAACAAGGACACUUCCACACAGCCCACUGGCCCUAGUCUGAGAUUAAGGCACACGCUAAGGAAAGUUAAAGUAACAAAUACAACCAGAAGUCGCAAAGUCCUCUCAUCGUCGUUAAAACACAAUAUCAAAGUGAGGCAUAAGUUCAAGAAGAAGCAGGUCAAAGUUAACUCAAAAGGACCCAAAAGAAGAGGGCGUCCUCCGAAGGCAAAGGAAGCUGUGCAUGAUGAAAACACUACUACUGGUCAAAACAAUCAAACAAUCACAGAAAGAACUGCUCAGCUCGCAAAUCCCCCGAAAGCAGCAAAGGCCUCGGAUGUGAGCAACGAGUCAAAAGAAGAAGGAAAUAGUCAGCGGGUCCAAGAUGUAGUCAAAACUAAAGAAGCAUCAAUUGAUGCAUCAAAGUCUGAGAAAUCAAUGAACAAGCAGAUGAAGAAGAAUCAUAUUAAACAAAAAGGUAUUUCACAUAAAAUCUCUACAGCUAUUGUGACCGUUAACUGUUUAAAUCAACCAGUCGGCACCGGCUCAGCAGACAAAAUGAAGAAACUACAUAAAGGGAAAAAGCGCCCCGCUCCUGAAGGAAACUGUCAAUCUGCUCCCUCAGACUCGAGCAAGUCAAAGAAGCACAAGGUUACAAACAGCAAAGCCAACGCAGAGAUCGUCAAGAGGAAGAGUCCUCUCAAAGAACCGGAGUCGACCUCCGGUAACUCUGUGCCUUCUGUCCCAGCUAACAGUUUAAAUGUGACGACUGCACCGCCCGACACCUCAGGAGAGAAAACACAGAAAAAAGAAGGAAAGAAAGAAAAGAUUACUGCUUCUUCAGAGACCGGCCAGACAAAUAAGAAGCACAAAGAUAUGAAUAGAAAAGUGGCCAAGAAAACGCUGAAGGGAUGCAAAGACGCAAGCAAGACAUCUGCGAUGAAAAAGUCCAAAUCCUUAGAGAAACAGGCAGCAGAGAGCUCGCCUGAUGUGGAAGGAAAAGCAAAAGAAGGUACAACAGAUGCACGCGACAGCUCUGGUUCCUCCGUCCCUGCUGCCACGGCUAGCGGCUUAAACGAAAGGACUUCUCCACCCGCGGCCACCGAAGAGAGCACACAGAAGGGGACAAAAAAACCCAAGAAAUCUCACGUCACGAAAAACUGCGACCCCGACAAAGCCAAUAAGAAGCGCAGAAAUGCUCACAAGGAAGGUGACUCAAAGAUUGUCAAGAAAAAACGCAAAGAUCAGGGUGUUUCAUCGGCAUCUAAGAAGCCUGCGCAGACGCAAGCUGAGGAACCGCUCGCUGAGGUGAAAGCAGAGGCAGUGGAGAGCUCUGUUGGUGAAGAGGGGAAAGCUCCCGGGGAAACGCAAUCUGUUAUCGGCAGCCCUGGUUACUCUGUAAUAACGAAUGGAAAAGCAGCAAAGGAAGAUGUCAAAUCGACAGUGUUUAUGGACGUUCUUGCAGAGUAUGGCCGGAAGCCCUACAUGCGUCCGCCGCCUACUGCAUACCUGGAUGAGAAGUACAUCACCAUGCCAAAACGAAGGAAGGAGGUGUCGUUUUCCCAGUCGAGGAGCCCGCCACCUCAGCAGACCUGCGUCAGAACAGCUCCGCAGAGACAACGAUGUGCCAACUGCUUUGCUACUUUCGUCAGUGCGGAGGAUCUGCAGAGUCACCUCGAACUGCAGAAGUGCUCAAACCUCUUUGGGUUCGACUCUGACGACGAGGGCAACAGUUGAACAUGUCGACUUGGCGUUUUGAAUGCAUAACACAGCCGGACGGAUCAUACCUCUGCGGAUCAGCGUUCUCUGGACGACUUGUUCAUCACUCUGGGCAAAGACUCGUGCGUCUGGAGACUUGACACCUGAAAGGGUUAACCUGAUUUUUACUGCAGCAUGUGCCUGUAACACGAGGCCCGGGAGCGGCCAGAACAUAUGAAAUAGCCAAUCAAUAAAAGGACAAGUGAACUGAAGUCGGACCGUUAGCAGUACAGCUAGUACUGAAGUGCCUGCUCUGGAGCCGCCGUGCUGUUUCCAGCUGCUUCGUGGAGAUUAACUAUCGUGGCUUAAAAAGACUGGACUCUUGAAAGCUGUGAAUAAAAAAAGAAAGAAACUGACGCAAGACGACAAGGCUGCUCCUGCUAUCACUAGGAUACAUAUUUUUCACAUCAGUAAGCCAUAUAAUGCCAUCGUUUGCUUUUUGCACUCAUAAGGUUUCUUUCUGCUUGAACUCUCAAAGCGAUGGGGGGGGGAGGGGGGGGUUGUACAAUGAAUGAUAAAAGUUGUGCUAUUUUAACAUCCUACAGUUGCAUAUAAUUUUCUAAUCUUUGAAAAGUUGUACAAUUGCUGUAUCAGUCUCCUUUUUUGGAAAAUGUAAUGUAUAAUUCUUGUUUAAAUACUAAUUGUAUUUCUUAUAUCCCUAUGGGGUGGAUUAGGUCUAUUUGUCCUCGCCAUGAGUUACCAGUAGGGGGCAGUGUGCACCCAUCUUCAUUAUGCUAACAGAUUUCUUUUUUUUUUUCUUGCAAAAGAUUAUUAUUUGCUCUUUUUUGCAACAGAAGGAUUUCUACAUGCAAAGCUGCUCCUCUGUAUUUAUCACUGGACGGACGUGAGGACUGUCUUCACUUCCGAUCACACCCAUCAAGCUGUCUUUCCUUUAGCAAUAACUACCACCAACCGCAACAUGUGCCAGUAUCCCUCUUAAUAUGUUGCUGUGUUCCAUCAAUUAUUCACCGUCAGUGGAGCAGCUGACAUUCUGGCUUAUAUUAUAUUUUCUCACUUACACAUAGAUUUUUAUCUUUACUGAACUGUCCCAGACUAUAGAGACGAUUUCUCUUUCAGGGUGAAUGUUUUAUUUCCUUCAAAGAGAAAACAAACCACAGUUUUAAGUGUUACCAGGAGGCCGCACCUUUCAAGAGCAGCAGCAGCAGGUUAUAUUUAUUUGUUUUAUUUUCUAUCUUUUGUAAAUAUUUGAAGAGUUUCAAUGGCUUAUUAUAUAAGGGGGUGUUGGAUCCGGGUUUAUAUUUUGUUCUUGAAGUAAAAAAAUAAACUUAUUUCAAAUGGCA